UCAAACCCUUGACUGCCACCAAACCCAUCCGAUUGUGGUCAUUAAACAGAAAAAUAACCCCUUUUAUUAGUCAUUUUAAUCAGAAGUGCCAGGUGGCGACAUGUAGAGAAUGUAGUGCUAAAAUAGUCUUAACAGUUAAACCAAAACUUCCUGUUUCCUAAAUGCGACGCCGUGUUGUUUGUCAUUGUGAGCAUUGCAUAGAUUACAGAAGGACAUUAACAUAGACAUUGCUACAAUGGUGAAGAACCUGGUCAUCGGCCUUAUUUUGAUCCUGAAGCUCACACUAGCCCUGAGUCAGUUGAACUUGAGGACCCUAAAGACUCAACCCUGCGAUAUACAUGAAAACGUUACCGCCGAGACGGUCGUGGUCAACUGUCGAGGACGUAGACUUAAAAUGUUGCCACAAUUUCUAACAAACACAACCUACAUUGACCUUUCUGAAAACGACAUCAGGAAUCUAACAGCUCAAUCCUUCCAAGGCCUGAAGAAUCUGACCUUAUUAAAUCUCAACUGGUUGAAUCACAAUCGGGAGGUUGUUGUUGCCAAAGGAGUGUUUUCGAAUUUGACCAAACUACGAGUACUGGACCUCAGUGGGAUCAAGUUAAAAUACAUCCCAAAAGAAAUUCCCAAAAAUCUAGAUCAGCUCAGUCUGGUGGAGAAUAAGAUCACCUGGAUAAACUCGACAACCUUUGGGCAUGUCAAAAAUCUUUCAGUCCUUUACCUUUCAAAGAAUUGCUACUAUUGGAAUCCUUGCUCAAGAAGUUACCACAUAGAAAAAGGAAGCCUCUCUUAUUUGGUCAACCUGAAACGCCUUACUUUGUCCUUCAACAACCUAACUCAAGUCCCCAUAGGAUUACCAGUCUCCUUAGAGAGACUUGAGCUCGGAUCAAACAGUUUAACAUACAUCGGAGAGCAUGAUUUCCGAGGCCUCAGCAAUCUGACAGUUCUCAAAAUCCAAGGAAAUUGCCCGCGCUGUCAUACUGCACCAUAUCCAUGCAUUCCUUGUAAAAAUACAUCAAUUGAGAUUCAUCCCCAAGCUUUUUCAGACCUCAGAAAUCUGCAUAUUCUGCACCUCGCUGGGAAUUCAAUCAAGUCCAUCAAUCCUGCUUGGUUUGCCAACCUUUCUAAGCUUCAGGAGCUCUUUCUGUCUUUUAAUUUAUUGUUCAACGCUAUUACCGAUCCAGCUGAUACAGUUUUCUUGGGAAAUCUACCAUUGCUGACCAAACUCGAUCUAUCAUACAAUUUUGCAUUAAAAACAUACCCCUUAACCGUUGUCCUUUCACCAGGAUUUGCGAAUUUAACCUCACUCAAGACGUUGCACCUUCGAGGUUUGGUUUUCAGGGAAAUACAAAAAGGCACAUUUAAGUCUCUAUUUGACCUACAACAUCUGAAUGUAUUGGAUGUAGGAAUAAACUUCAUUGUACGUGCCACAUCAGACAUAUUUCAACAUGUGAGACUACUCUAUCUUGCCGAAAACAGACUGUACCCGGUGACCGUAAAUGGGGAGUUGAGUCAAGCCACUGGUGCUGGUUUAAACCAUAGAUCAAUAAUGCCCUUGAUGUCAGAACCUUUACAUCCUUUUGAUGCUCCAAAAAGUCUUGUAAAAGCAGAAUGCUACAACACUGGUCGUGUGCUGGAUCUCAGUCGAAAUAACCUGUUUUUAAUUUCUCCUGAACAAUUUGACACAUACGGGAACAUCUCCUGCCUCAACCUCUCCAGGAAUGGCUUUUCCACGGCUCCCAAUGGAUCGGAAUUCACAUCUCUUCCCAAUCUCAAAUAUCUGGAUUUAUCCUUUAACAAAGUUGAUCUUGCCUAUGAUAACGCCUUCCGAGAGCUACAGAGUCUUGAAGUGCUCGAUAUCAGUUACAAUUCACAUUACUUCACUGUGGCCGGAGUAACCCACAACUUGAUAUUUCUCCAAUAUCUACCCUCACUGAAGGUGUUAAACAUGAGCUUUAAUAGCAUCUAUACGUUAACAACCAAAGUCAUGUCAAGCAAGUCUCUUCGAGAACUGCAAUUCCGAGGCAAUAAACUUGGAAGGAUGUGGAGGGAAAAAGACAAAACCUAUGAGAAGAUUUUUAAAUACUUAACCAACCUCACCCACCUUGACAUAUCCAACAACAGCAUUGGGAAAAUUCCUUAUGGAGUUUAUACGCGUCUUCCCGUUACGAUUCAACGCUUGCAAUUGAGCCACAAUCAACUUGCAAACAUUAACUGGACAAUGUUGAGGCGUUUCCAGAAUCUCAAAGAACUAAUUUUACAUGACAACAACAUUAUUGAAAUAUCUAGCAAUUUGUCAGUCGAUGUUCCCUCUUUAGAGUUGCUCAAUCUCCAGCGUAAUCGAAUCUCUAAGCUUGCCAUUGGAUUUCUGCAGGGGGUGGUAAACCUUAAGGAACUUGAUCUGAGUUAUAAUUAUCUUAUAACUGUUAACCAGUCUACAUUUCCAACUGAGAGUUAUCUGAAGACACUUUGGCUUCACGGAAACCCAUUCCACUGCACGUGCAACCUGCUUGAAUUUGUUCUGUGGAUUCUGGAUACUAAUGUAAAGAUCCCUCGCUUGGUGACUGGUGUGACUUGUACCAUGCCGCAGGAAAGGAAAGGUCUAGCUGUGAUAAAGUUUGACAUUCAAGAAUGCAUUGAUGACCAGCUAGCCUUUGUGGCGUACUUCAUUUCCGCUGCGUGCAUUAUAUGCACUACUUUUGUGGCCAUCACUAUGCACUUGUUCUACUGGGAUGUCUCCUACUUGUACUACUAUCUGAAAGCCAGAUUCACUGGAUAUCAGCAGUUGAGCUCAGAAAGUUGUAUCUACGAUGCCUUCAUCACCUACGACACCAAGGACCCGCAGGUGUCGGACUGGGUGCUGAAUCACCUGCGUGUGCAGCUGGAGGAGCGUAAUGAACUCUUCCUCCCGAUCUGCCUGGAGGAGCGGGACUGGAUCCCUGGCUCCCCGGUGUUAGACAGCCUGACCCAGAGCAUCCAGAACAGCCGAAAAACGGUCUUCGUGCUGACCGAGGGCUACGUGAACAGCGGCUCCUUCAAGCUGGCGGUGUUUCUGGCCCAUCAGCGUCUCCUGGAGGAGAAUGAGGACGUGAUUGUGCUGCUGUUGUUGGAGCCGGUGCUGCAGUACUCUCAUUUUGUGCGUCUGCGCAGGCGGUUGUGUGCUCGCAGCAUCCUGGAGUGGCCGCACUCGUCCUCCGCCGAAGCCUGGUUCUGGCAGUCGCUCAGGAAUGCCAUACGGGUAGACAACCAGGCCUUGUACAGCGAGCUUUACAGCAGAUACUUUACUACUAAGUAGACCAGGAACAAACCACUGUGUGAAUUAUACAUUGCAGGGUGCCUGUGGGAUCUUUAAAUGCCUUAAAAUGUCUUACUUUUCAAAAACAAUGGCCUUAAACAAUGGUUUAUACUUCUGAUGGUUUAUACUUCUGCAUUGAGUGCAUGCAUAUGGUCUGACGCACCUCUCAAAAAUGUAACUACACAUCACAACGACUGUAGCACAAGCUCUGUGAUUGGUUGGUUGGGUAGUGGUGAUGUGUGGGGGCGGGGGUCAAGAGCAAGUCUCUUGGAGAGAGAUUUUAAUACAGGGCUGCCCAAAGUCAGUCCUGAAGGGGCCGGUGUCCUGGAGUGUUUAGCUCCAACGCUAAUCAAACACACCUGAACCAGCUAAUCAAGCUCUUGAGGCAAGCAAAGCAAGUUUUCGUACACAAUGGUAAUUUAAAGUGCUAUACAAUAACAAGAAUAAAAGAAACAAGAAAAUAAAAAGUAAUUAAAAGAAUAAAAAUUUAUUUAAACAGAUAAAAGCAGAUUAAAAUGUGUUAAACAGGUUAUAAAAGAAUGAGAAAGAAAAGAAAGACAUAAUAGUGCGAUCUGUGGGACGUAGCACAGUGCUCAUUCAGGUCAUUCAGGCUCAUCAGGUCAUUCAGGUCAUCAGCGGGGGGUUGGGGGGGGGAAUGGCGCUGUUAGUAGCUGAAGGUCGAUUCACCCUGCUU